GAUGUUGACGAAUGCAAUGCGUCUUCUCCUGUAUGUGACAGCAAUGCCAACUGCUCCAAUACUCGUGGAUCGUAUAUCUGUACCUGCAGGGCAGGAUAUACAGGCGAUGGAAAAACAUGCCAAGGUAGGUUUGAAAAUGUCAAGUUAACACAGCAGGUUAGGGAAUUCUUUAAAUUUUACAUCUUGUGGCAACAAUGAAGAAACUUUUCUAACAACCUUUUAUUUUAUCCGUCAUGGCGGCCGUUAAGAACGGCUAUUAACAACAGCCGUCGAAUUUUUGUUUUCGCAGCCAAGUGAGAUCAUGCCUUGGGCUGUGUUUCGUACCUUCUGUACUCACCAGACUCGUUAAUAGAAAGUCAUGAAGCAAAAUAAGCCAAAUUCAACAAAUGAUGGAGAAUAUUUAAUAUGGCCUGUGUAGAACGUCAUGACCCACUUUAAUUAUACCCAAAAAGUGAAAACAGCUACAGCAAACGCAGUAAACUAAAGUUACAUGUAAGCCACCGGGGUGGCCAGAAAAAUCCUGUCCCAAACAACGUCGUAGGGGAAAAGACAACAAAUUUGGGACGAGCAAGGCACAACUGACUUCGUUUGCUGCAUAAAAGGCCUGCACAAGUGAACAAAACCUAGAGGCUGCACAGUAUACCACAGGUUUAUUUUAUAAUAGUAAUACCACAGUUUAAUAUUACUGACUCAUAGCUGGAACUUUUGUAAUAUAUAGACUUAGCAAGGGCUAAAAGCGAAGCUCCCAUUAAUAAAUUUAUUAUUUACAUCAAACAAUAAACUUGUAAUCCACAAAACAGUUAACUUAAGGGCACAUAUGUCACUUUUUAGGGAAAGCAAAGGCUAAGUGAUUUUAGAGUGAAAAAGUCUUAAAUCGAGUUGAUAGCCUUAUAUGUACACCCAAAAAAUAGAAAUCAUUUUCGAUCACAUUUAAGAGCCAUAAUGGCUCUUGAUCAGAGUAGAUUAGACCUGGAAAACGAAUUCUUGGAAAACAAAUCAGUUUUGUUCGACAAAUUUACUUAACAAAAUCUUGCCAACAAAUCUGGGUGCGUGUAAACCAACAUUUCAUACUUUUUAUACAACACAUCCGAGAUGAAACAGUAAUAUGAAGCUGUAUUUAUCAUAGAAACCUUAGACAAAAUGCAGUAUUUCACAAUUUUUCAGGAAAAAUUGCACUCAUUCAAUAUUCAGUACCAUCGAAGCACGCGUGGGCUUUUAGCAAAACCGUUCAAAAAAUUUCCAAAAUCACCUAUACGGCCAGCCAGUUCUCACUUUUGACAAGCGCCAAAUUUUCAGUGAAUAUUAAAAGAGUUACGUUUCAACAUAAUAAAUAAUUUAUUGUGUUUAUAUCUUAUUUAAUGGUUUUAUAACGAUGUGUAUUCUUAAAAAGCGCUUGACACGCGGAGCCUUUUGAAUACUCCUGAAGGCGAUGUUUAUGAACGAAUGAAAACAAACUGCAAAGCGAUUAAAAUUGCAAGAGACUACUAACAAUCAAUAAAGGAAAUAUAAUUCGGACAAACAUUUACCGAGACAACAAUUUUCAUUCACGAAGACAAGUAUUAAAGCGUCUCUAAAAAUCCUGAGUCUUCAAGCUUAAGCUUAAAGCUUUUAGCCGGCUUCCCGGUGUUUACUGUUUUCAAAGAUGAACUCGAGGUAAGAAAAUCGCUCAAAGCCUUCUUUCUACAGCCAAAAUUAUUGUAAAUACUCUUCGGAACGUUUUUUCUUUCUAUUUGCGGUGAUAAAAUAUCGACUAAGGGCUUUUUAAAGUUCUGUAAGCUCAUAUCAAACCUCAUACUAGGUCAAAUCAUUGUCCUCAGAUCUUAAUACAAACAUGCAUAAACUAGCCUCAUAAACUGCGCUCGACUUCAUGAAAUUAGAUAUAUAUAUAUAUAUAUAUAUAUAAAAACAAACACAUAUACAAUAAUUACUCAGGCUUACGAUUCGAGAUGCAGCUCCUGAAAGUAUCAAGUAAGGCCACAGUCGCUCGAGGGACUUUUCAACCCGCAUCCAGCAAGGUGAAGAACGAAAACGAUGUCAUCCGAAAUCGGAUUUCCUACUUUGACAAGUGACGCAUUUCUCAACCAAAAAUUCAAUAAACAAACCAGCCAUGAAUAACAGAAGACUGUUGAUAGCAGCUGUAUUUAAUUUUAUGCAUCCAGUGGAAAAAGACAGUAAAAAACAUCACAAGUUGACAAAAAACUCUGUAAGCUUCAGCUGUCAAAGUAAACAAGUUUCAAGAUGCUGUAUAAAUUUUCUGCAUGAAAUCACCUGUCAAAUUUUGACCAAUCACAGCAAAAAAAUUGGACGUAGAGCGUGACCAUUGCGUGACUAUGGUGAGAAAAGUGAAAAGCCUCUUACCUGUCUUCCAUGCUUGUAUUUUUAAAUGACUGGCUGAAUCAGUUUGAAAUCAAAAGGUUAAUAACGCGAGGCCAUAGUGACAUUAACACUACACCUUCUGUCAUCAUGUCAUUAUUUUGCUGCCGUUCUCUUUGCCUUUGUAUUUCUCUUUCGCGUUGCCUUUGUCUAUUCAUUCUAGCUCUGUCUCGUUCUGCUUGCCGGCGUUCUUCACUAUAAUUUUCUCUCCUUCUUCUCGCCCUGACAUCUUUCUACUUGCCGACUUUCUUCGCUAAAACUUUGUCUUCUUCUUCUACUUCUAACGCGCUCUCUUUAGCGUCUUCGCUUGCUCUACGCGUGUUGACGUUUGCUCUCUGCCGUUCACCUUCUCUUGCUCUCUGCUUAAAACCUGUCGUCUACACGCUAAAAUCUCUCUGCUGUUGUUUGUUGACAUAAUAGCUUUCGUAAGUUGUAAUAAAAAGUUAUGAAGGCUCUGUCGAAAAAUCUUUUAGCUAAGUUGCUUUGAAAUUUCUUUUUCAAAACCAGUUGCGCGAUAUAAUUGCGCGACGUUGGGCCAUGCGAUUUCUAGCCAAAAAAUCUCUACUUUCCUCUACCCCAACGGUCCAUGCGGACUACUUUCCACUACCCGGAAAGUCCUUACGGAAGGACGUACGCUGACGUCAUACCCAAAAUUUCUCGGAUGGAUAGUUUACCAAAUUAUCUUAGUUAUGGUGCUCCGCUGGCGCCCGCUUCGCGCGCGCAAGGAGCUCCGCUAUAAAACUUCACAAACCAAGUUUUGUUAAAGCAAGGACUUAAGUUACACAAACGGGGAUAAAAGUUUGAAAUGUUUCUUUAUACCAACCAAAUAGAUGGCCAGAAAAAACCUGUCCGAAGCAACCUCGUAGGGAAAAAAGAUAGGAAAUCUGGGGCGGGAAAGGCUCAGCUUACUUCGUUGGCUGCAUAAAACGCCUGCACAAGUUAACAAAACCUAGAGGCUCCACAGGCUGCACGUAUUAAUUUGUAAACAAUUCACCAGACGUUGCGCAAAUGAAUACUGGCUUGGCCUCAGCUCUGUGCCAGCAUUCAGUCUGCUGUUGAGACAGGUAAUACCAAGGCUAUGUAGAAGGAAUCUAGUAGGCACUUGGUCCUUCUCAGAAGGAAACAGCCCCCUUUAAAUCUGCUACAGGCGAGAUAAUCCUGGACGGAGCCAAACAGAAAGAGCGCUUUGUAGACUAUUACUUUGAGCUGUAUGACAGAGAGAAUUUGGUGCCUGAAGAAGCCCUGAACGUCAUAAAGUGCUUACCUGUUCUGGAGGAGCUGGAUAUUGAACCUACAGAAGAGGAGGUGAAAGAGGCCCUAGGUUCGCCGUCUUCUGGAUAAGCGCCCUGUCAGGACGGUUUUCCAGACGGACGGUUGUCCUAAAGCGACUGCAAGCGCUUGCAGAGGGAGUUUAUCCUGAGUCACACUGUGGUUUCCAGGACAAACGUUAAACUAUUGGUUUGAUAUUAUCCACCAGACAAUUACAUGAAAAAUGUACAUCUCACUAAUUGACUUCACUAAGGCUUUUGAUCUAGUAAGCAGAGUUGGGCUCUUCAAGAUCCUCCCGAAAUUUGACUGCCCAGCGAAAAUCCUCGGAAUCAUCAAAUCUCUUCAUAAUGAUCAACCUCUGAUACCUUUAAUAUGGUUCCCACCUUAUUUGGAAUCGUCUUAGUCAUUCUGCUGAAACACGCCUUUGGACCUUCAACUGAAGGAAUGUACCUCCGAACGAGAUCUUAUGGUAAAUUCUUCGGCCUUGCCAGAUUGAAAGCCAAGCCCAAGAUUCGUGAGAAGCACUUACGCAACUUCCUUUGCGCCGAUGAUGCAGCAGUAACCACACACUCUGCGAAUAAACUACAACAACUCAUGAAUCGCUUUAGCUCUCCCUGAAAGUACUUCAGACUUAAUAUCAACCUGAAGAAAACACAAGUAACUGGACAAGAUGUCACCAGUCCACCUAGCAUCAAAAUAUUUGACGAGCAGCUUUAAGUUGUUCAUGAUUCUUCAUCCAUUUGCUCUACUUGAAGAGAAAGUCUCUGACUCCGCGAUAUUGAGUUGAACAACAGAAUAGAAAAAGUAGCAACCACGGUGUUUAGUCAUUCAAAGAGAGCAACAAGCUGACCAAACACACCAGGGUCAUGGUAUAUAAAGCUUGCGUGCUGAGCACCAUCUCGUGUGGUGGUGAUUCCUUGACUUUCGCGUCAACGAGAAACGUAAACCUAACGAGGCUGAACUCAGUUUGGUUGGUUGUGAGUUGUUACCAUUCAUUGGGGUCUUCGUUACCAAUAUGAAGUUCAAAUUUGGCGUGGAUAAGAUACAUCUAUAAGACAUUACGUUUAUUGGGUUAACUGUAAGAUAUCGGUCGUUGCUAUGGUAACAUGCAGGGGUUUCAAAAAGCACCGACGACCGCCGAAACGUGUCAAUAGGGAGCUUUAGCGACGACGACGGCGACGGCAAACAGGAAGUCAAAAAAGCAAUAAGUUUAUUACGCAAAACAACAACUUUGCACGUGCUUCACGCCUUUUUGUACAUUUCUUUACCGUCCUUGCACGACUACGACGUGAAAAUGCCUAAUUGCAAGUUUUAUGGAGGACGUAAACAAGCAACGACGAAUCUCUUUUUCCCUCUCUAAACUUGAGUGCGGUCCUCAAGAAAUCAACUCCAGGGAAAUUCGCCUACACUUGCCAUUUUCAGCAAAUUGGAAUAAACGCGACAAAGAUUGAAAAAACGGGAAUUCAUUUGACUGACGUUUCCGCUGCAGUUGCCGUAGUCGAUGCUAAAGCUCGCUAAUUACUUUGCUCAGAGAAGCCGGCUACUUUUUUCCCUAAAGAAGUAACAACAAGUUUUAAUUAUUUCGUAAAAAGUAAUAAUAAUAAUAUCAUAAAAUGUAAAUAAAAAGGUAAUGAUAAUAUUGCGUAAAGGCAGUCUACUUGUAUUUUAUGCUUUUAUAGUUAUAAAUUUAAAAAAUGCGGUAUUUUAGUCAUACCCUGGAAGCUAGGGCCGUUUUGCUUAUCCCAGUGACGAUGGAUUUUGGUAGAUUAGAGCACCUUAUUUUAGCCCAGCUAGGUGGUUCGUGGUUUCAAUUUUAUAGCUAUGUUCAUCGAAGCAUAUUUUAUGUAGAUCUGAGCUGGAUAAAUUUCUCCCAGAGGGCUUCUCACUGUAAUGGCCUAUACGGUUAGGCUCCAUCUGAGAGGGACCGACAACAGUGAAAAUAAAUUCAACAAGAAAGCGAGGCUGAAAGUCGCAGCCAUAUAAAUUCUAAGAAACGCACUCCACCAGGAAACCAACAUGUUCAUACAUCUCCUUGGACUUCUCCAAGAUACUUUUAGCAAAGCUUUGCCCUUUGUUUGCUUGAACGUUUGAACGACUAUUUCGGAAACCUGUGCAAAUUUCUCAAGUUUGCAACGCUCUAACUAAAUUAAAGCGAACGGCUACAGGUCCUGAUGACAUCCCUUUCUGGGUCUGGAAGGAUUAUGCCGAACUAUUAACGACGGUUAUAACUGAAGUCUGGAAUUUACCGCUGUCAACUCACAGCUGGCCGGACUCUUGGAAGAGGGCGAACAUCAACCCCCUUCCAAAGAUCGACCUCAUGAUCCCCAAUGAGAAUUCUGACUACAGAGACUACGGAGGUUAUUUCGGGUACACUUACCUCUUGAGAAAUUUGCACAGGUUUCCGAAAUAGUCGUUCACGUUAUCAGCUAAACUUAAGCAGCUACCCCUCAAUCCUUACAUCGUUAACUUUUACCGUACACUGUAGCUUUUUGUUUGCUAGGCAACAGCGAAUUUUCUACAAUAAUCACCUCUGUAACUGGAAGGUCGUUAACAAGGGAACCACCCAAGGAAUCGUAGGCAUUAUCUAUUUAAUAUAUUUUUGAAUGACUAGAAAUUUCUUAUAACAGUGUUCCUGCUCCAACAAUACAAUACAAUAGUGUCUCCUGUUACUUUCGGAAUUAGCAGCCUUUGGGGCUCCUUACUUAACAAAGUUGGCGCUAGGUCUUUCAAACAACAUUUUAUUUGUGUUAUAUGGUAUAAGUAACAGAAAUACAAGUACUAAAUACAGCAAUACUCUGAUUAAAAACGAGAGCAAUGAUUAACAAAUGAGAAGGAAUUCAUUUGUCCAGUUUCAUACGAAGAACGAUAGUUUCAGGCAUACCAUGUUGUUGCCUUGUUUUAAAGUGCUGUAUCGUGAUAAAUUUGUAAAUGCACGAAGAUAUUUAUUUAGUAUUGUACAUUAAAAAUUUGACUAUGGAUUGCAAAUAGAAAACAACUGAUAAAGGCAUUCGGUAUGUUUACAAUGCAAUUUGAAAGAAAAAUCUUAGUCUCGAUACUCUUUGCCGGGUCUCGCUACUUUCGGGGGGCUCGCUAUUUUCGGGACUUAUAAGAAGUCACUGACUUUUGACGUUACUUUCGAGGGGUCGCUACAAUGGGAACUUUACGGUAGUUAUCAGUGUGAUCCGUCUGCGAAAUUGUGGAACAAUUCAUGGCAUGGUCUAAAGAGGACAUGUCUUGCAAUCCCAAAAAAUGUAAAAAACUUACCUUCAGAUGAAAAGGCAACAAGUAAGAGAUAAGGCCCGAGAAUACCGACGUUCGAGGGGUUUAUCUAACUUAUUUCAUGAUAUUAUUCAUGAGGUAUAGAUUACAUAAAGGUCGCCUUUCACAGGGCAAUAACUGGCCACUUGUUUUUGACAUCUGUUUGUUUGUCAUUUUUUGAUCCGACCGCAGACAAUGACGUAUUUCAUUGUAAGUAUUGUAAAGGUUUUCACACAGCAUCGAGAGAGGGAGUUUCACGGGUAAUAAUUUGUUCAAACCACUUGUUCUCACUUAGGUGAGAAACGGAGAACAAUAGCGCAUUGUUUGUUUGCUAAGCCGACAACAAUCAAAUUUCAAACCUUUUGUGUUUUUUUAUUUUUGUCUUGGUAUUUUUUGGGGGGCCAGUACACUUGUGAGAGCGGCAAUGGAUAGUGACGACGAAAUUUUCCUAACGCAAAAUACUUUCUCUCAGGAGCCUUUUUCCCCUGAGUUGAAUUUGGAAGAGUUAGUGGGAGACUUUAGAGAAGUAAGCGAACGAGAUAGUGUUGAAGUCGAAAAGAAAGAAAAUCCUGGGCGUAAUAUCGUUGUUGUUUGUGAUAA